CUGCCGUGUAUAGUAGUGCAUGGUCUUCGGUUAGGAGAAAGAUGUAACUUCUCCUUACCUACACACUGGACCCCAAUGCUUUUUGUAUUCAGCACGUCGACCGGUGAUACAGUUUAUGACCGCCUUGUUUCGUGUGUGAAGAAUGCGAACCCUCAAUUCUUUUGGAGUUCCAAUUUUUAAGCUCUGUGAUGAGCUGCUAAGUCGUCGAAUCGACAGUUCGGUUCAAAAAUGUAAGGAUUGGGAGCAAACUAAGCGUUGGGCUAGAUUGCAAUCUUUGGAUGCCUUCUUUAUGUUUCAACGUGGCCCCCACAAGUUCCUCCACGGGACGUAUCCUCGAGUGACCGAUGCCUUUACCAAGCGGCUUCUGCACAUAGUUCUGAUUGUUAUUCGGAAACAUCGAGGUGAAAAGUAUGCCCAACUUUUGUUGCGUUCUGUGGACAAACUCGAUAUUGCCCUUCAUCCGAGCUUCAUUACCUUUCUACUCCUCCUUUCGAAUAUCCACCGAGAUAUUGGUGUUCCAGGAUCCAUUCGGAUUCAAAAUCAAAACUCUCUUGGAUGUGACACAAAUAGCAACACUGCUCCUUACUACACUACGUUCGAGAUACCAGAUUGUUUGUGCAGCGAUUGGCACAACUUUGCUCUAAGCGGAAACCGAUGCAAUAGGCUCGUAACUUCCGCGCAGCCUAUCAACCCUCCUUACAUCGACAAGUCCGAGCCUUCCGAUUUCAGUCUGAAUGACAGAAAUCUGUUUACAAACCUCCUGUACUUCAGCCACCGUUUCUCUCUAGCAUCUCACUUCUUCGGAGCUUUUAGCCACAUUGGACCGGAAGCCCGACGGAUGCUCGCCAUCCAAGGCAGUGCCCCUCUUCAACUACCUCCUUUGAGUACAGACUCCCACAAAACAAGUGCCCUGAACUUUGGUCUUUCCCAGACUCCGACAUACGAGGAAAAGGAUGAGGGUUAUUCGGACACUUCUGACUAUCUCAAGCGCCCCACCUGCCUGAACGACGUAGAAGCACUUCAAUGGCUACGGAAUUUAAUCGCGGGUGCCACAGAAGGGAUCUCCGAUUUUUUGUUGAGCGAAAUUUGUCCCCUCCUUGUUGAUUCACAACCAAACUUGCACUGUUCCUCUAAGCCUUCAGUUGCUAUGCCGUCUAUGGGGCGGGGUAGGGGGCGAUAUUACUGGAGCAACAGAGGAUCCUGCAUCCCAUCUAAGGAACUUCCUUUUUUAACUGAGUCCGGACCCUGGGGAUCGUUGGCGCUGUUCACUGCCUUCUCUCAACGGUUCUCUUCCCUUACCUCCUUACCUCACGAAGAUGUCAAACAAUCUGGACUUUUCAUUGCAACUCCCUCCGCCCUGCUGAACGACCUCGAGUUCGUUGAAGCUCGGCUUAGUUUUUUCCAGGAUCUACUGCUCCUGCGAAUGGGAACGCAAUCGUCUCGUUUCAAAUGGGAAUUACCACCGAAUAAGGAAGAACAGAACUGUAAUGAACCUCUCGUCGGUCAGUUCCACUAUUGUCUCAGCUCGUUCGACGCUGUCAUUCUGGGCAUUUCGGAAUCAGUGUUGACCAACCUUAUACAGACCCAUUUGAUGUGCGGUACAUACUACCGUCGAUUAUGCUGGUUCAUGUUCUAA